AAAAUUAGUUCAAUUAUUUUGUGCUCUAUUGGCAAACAUUCACAUCAAUUAUCAGUAAAUUUCUAACGAUGACUAAAGAAAAUAAAGUAAAAUAUAUAAUAAAACACAUCCGAGUGACCACUUGUGGUCAGUUAUACCAAAUAUGGAAAGAAAAUAAACCAUUGUAUGAAAGGUCACCUAAAAGCGGUCUAACACUUGAUGUUGAAUAUGCGGACAAUUUGAUGGCUAUUAAUAAUAAGCUCAACAAUAGUAAAGUGAUGGUAUGUCUUCACGGAGCUCCCGGUUCUCACGCAGACUUUGCCCAUAUUAUUGAAUACAUGACACAAAUAGGUGUUCGGGUAAUUGCCCCUAACUUUCCAGAUUAUUCGGUGACCAUUAAAACAGAGAUAUUUAGACAUUCAGCGGAAGAAAAAACUGAAUUUAUAAAAGAUUUUUUAAAAACAAUUGGUAUAAAUAAAGUCGAUGUGAUAUUAGCCCACAGCAGUGCUAUAUAUCCCAGUACUCUAUUAUGGUGUGACCCAAAUGGUCCACAAAUUGAUUCAUUUGUAUUGUUAAACCCGGGCGGACACCGGCGGAUAAAAGCCAUGCGACCCGUUUGGUACACAGAGGGCAGUGUCAAAGUAUACCAAAACAAAUGGGGUCGCAGUUUGUUCUCGACUUUUGGCACCGCAUUCCUUAAUCUGACCAAAACGGUGACCGUAAAGGCAGAUAACAUGAAUAAUGUCAUACUUUCCGCUUCAACAAUGAGAUACUCGCGAUUCAAACAACUCGGCGAUCGACUUAAAAAAUUACGUGAAUGUAAAGUACCGGUGCUUUUGGUGUUUAGUGAAAACGAUCGGUUAAUUGAAAAAGAGAUCUUUUAUGAAAUGUCUGAAAUUUUGGGCGCAAAUAAAGAUAAUAUUGCUUAUUAUGAUAUCAACGGACAACUUGAAAAUCAAUUUUCAUCAAAUGACACAAUAAGAGUGGUUUCAUUUCGUUCAGGAGGUCACUACUGUUUCCUAAAAUAUACACAUAUUGUCAAUCAAUUCUGUGAUCAACUUUUAAAAUCAUUAGACGAUAAACCUUUGAUUAAUAAUAAAGUCAUUUAUAAUACAGACUUUUAG